GUGCUUGCCGGCUCGCGAAGGUUUUCAAGAUGGCGGAUGACUCUGUCGCAGGUACGGUAGAGGUAGCUGAGAUCGAAAAGAAAGAAAAGAAGGCUUCUUCAUCUGGCAUUAAGAACUUCUUUGCUGGUGGUUUUGGAGGAGUAUGUUGUAUAGCGACGGGACAUCCGCUCGACACCAUAAAGGUGCGGCUUCAGACAAUGCCAAGACCGAAACCUGGCGAAAAACCGAUGUUUACAGGAACAUUUGACUGUGCUAUGAAAACCAUUAGGAAUGAGGGUUUCUUUGGUUUGUACAAAGGCAUGGCUGCUCCUAUCACCGGUGUGACACCUAUCUUUGCAAUUUGCUUCUGGGGCUUCAACAUGGGAAAGAAACUACAAAUGAAAGAUCCAAAUGCUGAUCCUACCUACCUACAAAUCAUGAAUGCUGGCGCAUUUGCUGGCGUUUGUACAACUGCCAUCAUGGCACCAGGGGAACGGAUCAAAUGCUUACUGCAGAUCCAGCAAGCAUCUGGUGCUGAGAAGAAGUACAAAGGGCCAAUUGACUGUGCAAGACAGAUCUAUGCACAGAACGGAAUCAGAGGGGUGUACAAGGGUGUUUGUGCUACCCUACUCAGAGAUGUACCUGGAACUGCUAUGUAUUUUCUAUCCUAUGAAUAUCUCAUGAAGCACUUUACACCUGAAGAUGGAAGCCGGAAAGAUGUUGGUGCUCAUAAAAUUCUUUUUGCUGGAGGCACUGCUGGAAUGCUUAACUGGGCUGCUGCCAUUGCUCAAGAUGUACUUAAGUCUAGACUACAAACUGCACCAGAGGGUACCUAUCCCAAAGGAGUCCGAGAUGUCUUCAGGCAAAUGAUGAGAGAAGAAGGCCCCUCCGCCCUGUUCCGUGGACUAACUCCAGUCAUGUUGAGGGCCUUCCCGGCAAAUGCGGCCUGUUUCCUUGGUUACGAACUGGCCAUGCGCUUCUUUGAUUACAUUGCGCCAAACUGGUAACAAGAUCAGACCAACAAGAGUAGCGCAGUUGUAUCUGUAUUGCAAUAGCAAACUACCUCUGUUCUACUGCCUCUGUUCGACUGCCUCCGUUCUACACCCUCUGUUCUUCAGCCUCUGUUCUAAGCCUCUGUUCGGCUGCCUCAAUUUAAGACUCAACAGAUAAUUAAUGAUGGCAGUAUAAUAAAUAUGAAUAUAUUUGUAAAUGUCAUAUUGGGAAUUAUUGUCCAUGUUUGCGGUGCUGUUAUUUUUCUACAAGUGGCCUUUAGAAUAUCACGGAAGCUCAUUUUUUUCUGCUGGAUUUUUGGUUGUGCUGCGUUUAUAUACAUAUAUUUUCCAAACCCCUGAUAAACUGUAACUAUAAAAGGCGGCUGGCUCUGCCUUAGGCUUGUCACUUGACAUAACGCCUAAAACUUUCACCUGUUUUAAUGAAACUUCUGUAAAAAUCCCAUUCAGCAUUAAAAGCACUUCCCCCUUUGUCAGGGGCUUUGCAUGAA